AACCAACUUACCCCAGACUUUGCAUCAAUAUUGCCUCUCAACAGUGGCUUGCGUAGAGUAGGACAGCCCCACCGUCUAUUAGUCGUUUUUUCACGAUGUCUAGAGCGCAACAACUUCCCAAUCCAAGCCUUGCGCUCAGCUUGUUACGAACAGCCUAACCGAUUUUCUGGGGGAAUGCUCUCACUCAUGCGCAAUCCAGAGGCACGAUGAAUCCAUUACGUGCGAAUAACUGCAACUAUCACCAUUUCCAUCAACUCCGGUCCUUCGAGACUGCAAUGGACGACGAUGCAUACCUCGAGACAUAGCAAGAUGCUCGAAUAUAAAUAAGGACUUCUAUCGUCUCCAUCCACGAAUCUCCACCACCAAGUUCAACAAUCAUUGCCCUUCAAGACUCCACUCCAAACAAUUCACCAGCUCUCCAAGCAUCUUUUUCCUUCGAAAAUGAAGUUCACACUCCCACUCCUCCUCACCGGCCUCCUCACAAGCCUCACCACCGCCAUCGCCCUCCCUCGUGGCUCCUCUUCCGCCGCCAUCCAAAUCCCAGGCAAGAGCGAGCUCCGCGUCUACUACCAAAACGGGCAGAACUUCAUCUUCGAAGCCAACGUCGGGCCGCCGACCAGCGCACCCUCCGCGACUAGGAACAUCUUCACCGGCGUCACUCGCACCAACACGCCACUCGCCGCCGUAACCUGGCUCGAGACCGACCCCGCGAACCCUGAGAUCCGAGUCUACUACGUGACGCCGCGCAACACGCUCGCCGAGCUCGCCUUCAUCAAGGGCCAGUGGAAGGUCGGCGCGGACAUCGGAUUCGCGGUCCAGCCUGACUCCGACGCCCUGUAUGCGCUGCGCGUCGGCACCACCAUCAUCGUGGGCUACUCGAACGCGGACGGGAAUCUCGCCGAGGCGUACUACUCCACCGGCACGCCGGUCUGGCAGACGUACACGCUUUGAGGCGGCAGUGGCUAGGCCUGGGAGGGCACGGGACUGCCCGGAUUCAG